AUGACUAAAGAGGAGAUUAGGUCGGCUUUUCUAACCUUAGCCCAAGCCAUGAUGGCUCAAGUGAAUAGAGAUGUGGGGCCUAGAGUGAAUGCUAUUGAGAGUACUAUGGCUUCUAGGUUGAGAGACUUUGUGAGGAUGAAUCCUCCAAUUUUCCUAGGUUCUAAGGUGGGAGUGGAUCCGCAAGAUUUUUUGGAUGAGGUGUAUAAGAUAGUCAAUGCUAUGGGGGUAUCUUCUAGGGAGAAAACGGAGUUGGCUUCCUAUCAAUUGAAAGAUGUGGCCCAAGUGUGGUUCAAGAAGAAAGCUCCAAACCAAGAUUCUUCUAGUGCUCCUAAGGUUAAUGAGGAAAAAGGUGGUGGACCUCCAUUUUCUAAACCUCUUUGUACCACUUCUGGGAAGAGACAUCAUGGGAAGUGCCUUGCCGAUACUAGUGGGUGCUAUGGUUAUGGAAAGCAUGAUCACCAAGUGAGAAAUUGUCCUACUUUACGGCUAGAGGAAGAUUCUUAUGUUGGCGCGGAUCCUAAUGCUCCAAAGAAGAACCGUGUCUAUGCACUUCAAGCCAAAGAGGGCAAAUGA